AUGGAGAAUAAUACAGAGGUGAAAGAAUUCAUCCUGCUGGGACUCACUAAUGCUCCAGAACUGCAGAUUCCUCUCUUUAUCAUGUUCACCCUCAUCUAUCUCAUCACUUUGAUUGGGAAUCUGGGGAUGAUCGUAUUGAUUCUUCUGGACUCUCGUCUCCACACUCCCAUGUACUUUUUCCUCAGUAACCUGUCUCUGGUGGAUUUUGGUUACUCCUCAACAGUCACUCCGAAGGUCAUGGCUGGGUUUCUAAUAGGAGACAAGGUCAUCUCCUACAAUGCAUGUGCCACUCAGAUGUUCUUUUUCAUAGUCUUUGCCACUGUGGAAAGUUACCUCUUGGCCUCAAUGGCUUAUGAUCGCUAUGCAGCAGUGUGCAAACCCCUUUAUUACACCACAACCAUGACAACGAGUGUGUGUGCUCACAUGGCCAUAGGCUCCUAUGUUUUUGGUUUUCUGAAUGCUUCUAUUAACACUGGAGACACAUUCCGUCUCUCUUUUUGUGUUUCCAAUGUGAUCCAUCACUUUUUCUGUGAUGUUCCAGCCGUCAUGACUUUGACUUGCUCUGAUAAACACAUCAAUGAGCUGAUUCUUCUUCUUAUCUCAAGCUUUAAUGUCUUUCUUGCACUUUUUGUUAUCUUGAUUUCCUACUUGUUCAUAUUUAUUACCAUUCUGAAGAUACACUCAAGAGGGGGAUAUAAGAAGGCUUUAUCCACCUGUGUUUCUCAUCUUGUUACUGUUUCCAUAUUUUAUGGGACUGUCAUCAUCAUGUACUUACAGCCAAGUUCCAGUCAUUCCAUGGACACAGACAAAGUUGCAUCUGUGUUCUAUACUAUGCUCAUCCCCAUGCUGAACCCUGUGAUCUACAGCCUGAGAAACAAAGACGUCAAGAGUGCAUUCAAGAAAGUUGUUAAGAGGGCAAAAUUUUUUUUAGGUUUCACCUUUUAA